AUGACUCUACUAGAGAAUCCUCAGAUCGCUGCCUUUCCGUUGUCAGUCAUUUCCCAAAAGUCGGAGUCUUUUAGCCGACCUUCAGAUCCAAUUCCAGCGCCCUCUGUGGCGGUCAAUGCUUUCAAUAAAGUGAAGGACAGUGUGCCCGAGAAAAAGGUCAAUUUUGCACUGGAGGAACAUCCAGUGGAUCAAGUAAGACCUAUCAAGGUGGGCAUCAUUGGGGCUGGGCUCACAGGUAUUACUGCGGGCGUGUUGCUACCAGCCAAGCUGCCGGGACUUGAUUUGCGAAUCUACGAUAAAAACCCCGAAGUGGGAGGUACAUGGUUUGAAAAUACCUACCCUGGUGUGCGAUGUGAUAUACCCGCGCAUGCCUAUCAAUCAGGCUUUUCACCCAACACGCAAUGGACGGAGGAGUUUGCUCAAGGUGCGGAGAUUAGAGAGUACUGGCAAGGCGUUGCACAAAAGUACAAUGUUUACCAGUACAUUCGGUCUCAGCAACGGGUCCAAAGAGCCGAGUGGCUGAGUGAGGAGGGGAAAUGGAAGGUUACCAUCGCGCAUGUUGAUGGCUCUAAUAAAGUCUAUGAAGAAAGAUUGGACAUUUUGAUCAAUGCUAUUGGCCAUUUCAACGCGUGGAAGCUACCCGAUUAUGAAGGAAUCAAGAACUACAAAGGGGCGCUUUUCCAUUCCUCGAAUUGGGAUCAUAAUGUCGACUUAAAAGGAAAACGUGUUGCUUUGAUCGGAAACGGAGCUUCGGGAUUACAAGUUCUUCCUUCCAUCCAACCUAUUGCCAGUCAUGUAGAUCAUUAUGCUCGCAAUCCAACAUGGAUUGCAGACUCGUUCAGCAGUGGCAGUGGUGGCGUUCGCCGUUUGGAACCAAAUCUUAUACCUGAGGAGCUAUUGGAAUCUUUCAAAGAUCCUCAGGUAUAUCUAAAAUACCGCACCCAAGUUGAGAAGGGCUUUUUUCAGCGAUUCGGCGCAAUCUUCAAGGACACGCCCGAGAACCACGAACUCAAAAAAAAGUGGUCAGAGCUGAUGCUCAAACGCAUCGCCGAUAAGCCUGAGCUUGGAGAGAAGAUUUUACCGGAUUUCCCACCAAACUGCCGCCGUCCUACCCCAGGACCCGGGUAUCUCGAAGCUCUGACCAAAGAUAACGUCAGCUAUAUCCAGACACGUAUCCAACGCUUCACAGAGAAAGGAAUCAUCACCGAAGAUGGCGUUGAAAGAGAGGUAGAUGUCGUCAUCUGUUCUACAGGCGCGAAUACCGACCACGCACCACCAUUCUCAAUUAUCGCCAACGGCAUCGAUCUCAAAUCAGCCUGGAAGACAGACGGCCAUUUCGGGUUCCCAUACUCUUACCUUGGAUUCGCGACGCCUGAAUUCCCCAAUCUCUUCUGGCUUGGUGGUCCCUAUGCCACCGGUCACAGCGGUACUGUCCCAAACAGCACGGAAAAUCAGAUCACCUAUGUCGUGAAAGUCCUACGCAAAGUGCGCAGUCAGGGCAUCAAAUCCAUCGUGCCAUCUCAGCAAGCUGCGGAUGACUUUGUGGAAUAUUGUGACAAUUUUUACCCGCGCACUGUCUGGUCUGCCAAUUGCAGUUCGUGGUACAACGGUGGUCAGCCUGGUGCGCGUAUUCAUGGACUGUUCCCUAGUAGUGCAGCUGCGGUGAACUACAUUCGUCGAGAUCCUCGCUGGGAAGAUUGGGAAUACACUUAUGUUAAUCCUAGUGGGAAUCGCUUUGCUUACUUUGGGAAUGGCUGGACUUCGAGGGAAAUUGAGCCAGAUGCUGAUUUGACGCCUCAUCUUAAGAUCCCGGAGGAAAUUGAUUUGCGAUCAUAUCUGGAAGGUUGGUGGGAUGUCUGA